CGCACACAAGUGACACAACACGCACACAAGUGACACAACACAACACAUAAACAAGCAUCUUGAUUUGUUGUGCUAAAAACACACUCCAUGGGUAACACAAGUUCUUUUUCUUGUAUCCCUAAUUGUGCUAGUGUUGAUAUUUGUAAUACUAACGGAGUUAAAGGUAUUAAGAAGAAUACGGCAACGCUUUUUGACACUAACGGCAACAUUCGAGAGAUCAACCUGCCCGUUAAAUCCGCAGAGCUCAUGAUUGAACUAAUCGGACACGUCAUCACUCCGGCAGAUGAGAUCCGUAGAACGCGACGGAUCACGCCCUUGGGAGCCGACAAGGAACUUCUUGCGGGGAAGGUUUACCUGCUGGCGCCGGUGUCUCGUGUUAAUUCAAAGGCUUCGGAGUUUGAGAUUUUGAUUGCGGAGAAAGGGAGUGGAAAAGGAAGGAGAGAUAAAACGGCGAAAGUUUCACCGUCACCGAAGUUAACGGCAACUGAGGAUUCCGUUAACGUUGUUUGUCAAAUUCCAAGAGUAAGAAAUCAAAGACGGUGGAAUCCUGUUUUGGAACCUAUUUUUGAAUCUCCUUGAUCAGAUAAUAUAAUUUCGUCUUAAACAUUGCGAUGGAAUCAUGUUAUAGUUUUGUUUUUGUUUUAAAUUUGACGAAAAAACGAUGGUAUUUGCAAAUUGCAAUUACGGAUGAGAUAGUAGAUAUUGUUAGUGAAGAACAUUUAUUAAAGAAAUUAAAAAUAGAUCAAUUAUAUGAUGAAACCACACCAUUUUUCUGGGUAA